AUGUUGGGUCUUCGACAGCCCGUUACAUCUGAAAUGGUGGGUAAUGCUCUUAAUCUGGUCUAUGAAAACGGUUCAACGAUGCUUUACAAUAAUAAUGCACAUAAUGUAGAUCAGAGUGGUGCUUCCUGUUUAAGUGGUUCACAACCGUUUUUCACGUACCCUCAAUUUCAUCAAAAACAGUUUCUUACUUCAAAUCAUUAUAGUUUGGGUUAUCACAGUCAAGGCAUGUCUAAUGUUAAUCACCUACAGACACAUGCUUUGCACCGUCCCUGGAUACAGCAAUUAACUCAACAACCACAUGCUGCAGUAACAAAUCAAUUAAGUCAGGGUAUGCAGACAUUUAUGAAACCUCAACAAGUAAAUGCCACGUCUGAUAUCGAAGGAAGUAUUCUGAUGAUGAUAUGA